AUGGUGGAAGGUGGUAACAGGGAAGAUGGUAACAUUGAAAGUUGAAAGUUGGAAGAAAAUUGCGAAAUAUGUCGCGCUGAACGAAUUGUUGCCUUUAAGUAAUUGAUAUUCACUCCGUGUGCCUUCGCGACGCAAAGACUUUCCUAAUGUUGCAAAGACUAAUUGUAAGACACGAUAUAAUUUCUAGACAUUUAUUUGGAUUCCGUGGAUUCUUCCGUUGUGCUCUUGGUCUUAACGGUUCGAUAUUAUGCCAGUACUGUGAUCCGCAAUGGCGAGCAGCCAGCAGAUAGGAAAUUCUCCAGCAAUGACGUAAAAAGCCUACGGUACCAAGAUUUUAUUAAGAUUGGCGCCUUGAGGAAUGCAAGUUUAACGGAUCGUCGUCAUCCAGUCUUCUUCUUCUUCGUCUUCACCGUCCUCUUUCUCCUCGACGAGAUACUCUUCGAUCCAUUUGCUCGCACUUGCGUGUAG